AUGAGUAAAUCAACAAAUAAAAGGUAUGGAUAUAAGGAUAUUUGCAGUUAAAUAUUUCUGUGACUCAGUGAAAACAUUCUCGCAUGCUUUUGAGCUGCUCAGGUCAGCUGGUCAGGCAUAUCAACUAGACAGUUAUUCAGACAUUCACUCCACAGGCUGACAAUGUUUCCAGCAAAGCCCUGGUCAAAUGAGAAUGAGAAUUGCCAAGUAAGAGUUUGCCUGAGAGUUUUCUCAUGUCUGAUCUGGUCAAAUGGAGAACAAGUGUUGUGUUAUGUGAGAGUUGACUGGAUCCUAUUACCAUGCAUGUAGGAGGGUGUUGAUGGGGUAUAUCGUGAGUUGUGAUUGCUCAAUUUUGGUUACUGUCAGUCGUGAAAACACUAAAAAUUUUACCGUGAAGUGUGAGCAAAAAAUACUGUUUAUCGUUUCAGAACACUUUUCAGCAGAUUCAAAGAUUUAUUCCGUUAAAAUACCAAAGUUUUUACAGUUAAAAUACCAAAAUUUUUACUGUUUACUGAUUUUCAGACCCCCCAUCUAGAACCUCAUGUAGUGAAUCUAAUACCAUUGAUUUAUUUACAACAGUUUAUGAAUGUUUAAAUUUUCAUUUAUACAACUGCCGCUUGUGUGGGCGGUGGUGAUCUACUCUGAUCACACAUACUUUGAUAUAAAUUUUUGAUAUCUAAUGUGAAAUAUAAAAUAUCGAUAUUUUUGAAAUGUCAAUAUUUAUUAAAAAUAUUGAUAUAUUGCAUCAGCCUAGUUAAAUGCUCUGUCGAUGCCAGCUUUGACAUGCAUAUCCCCCAUUCCCCGGACAAUGUAGGACAUCUGCACGCUUGUAACUUGUCCCCACAGCUUGGAAUUUGCAAACUCGUACUCAGCGACUUUCCUCUUGGGGAGCAAAGACCCUGGUAGACGCUGGUCACAUGAUCUGCUUAGCAAUUUAAUUAGCAAUCCAAGAUGAGGUCAAUAAACAUUUGAUAUUUUGUUUUUAUUUUGAUAGUUUAAUUUAUAACUUGCAUUUUGUAUGAUUGUCGUAAAGAAAACCAAGAUAGUUAAAUCUUAGAAAUCUGCGAGAUCUUAGCAGGUCAUGUGACCAGCGUCUACAAGUGUCUUUGCUCCCCAAGAGGAAAGACCCUGGGUACGAGAUUGGGGAAUUUGUAGCUGAAUGAAUGUUCACUUAGGGUUCUAUCUCACUGGCAUUUGUCAUCAUUGGAUCAUUACUCCCAGACAUUUCUUCUUUUUUAAAUGUAAGCACGGUCUCUUCGACCUAGAUAUCUCCUCUUUCGUCACUUUUUCUUCAAACAGCUCGUCUCACACCCGUUCAAGUUCGGACAACUUGCUUUGUGUCAAUCAUUGCAGGACUUCUCUCUUUAGGAACUCUUUUUUCAACCGAAUUGUCUUUCUCUGGAAUAAUCUCUCUCCCACCAUUCGUAAUAGUUCAUCCGUUUCCUCCUUUAAAAACAGACUAACUGUUCAUUACUCUUCUCUACUUCAUUCAUCUUUCGAUGUAAACAGAAUGCGCACUUGGAAAACCUUCUGUUCUAAGUGCUGCUCUUUCAACUUAAGCUGUUGUUCGUAAUUCGUCAUGUUUUCUGUAAAUUUUAUAUUUGUUAUCGUCUUUGAUUUAUGUUUGUUAUAGUUUGUUUUCAUUAAGGUUGGUCUUCAUAUGGGGCUAUUCAUGUCCUGUUGACCAUACCUUCAACCAUAUUAUGUAGUGUUUUAGUCUGUUUUAUGUAUGGUUGUAAAGUUAAUAAAUAAAUAAAUAAAUAAAUUUGUCAUUAACAGAGAAAAGACGGUGGCCAUUUGAAAAACAGCCAGUAUUUACAUUUGUUUACAUUAAACACCAAAGCUAUACAUACAUGAACUUGCAAAACGUAGAGCUUGACGUCAGCUCUGUAGCUCAGUCAGUUAGAGGACUUCACCGGAAUUGCAUGGCUGCAAGUCCAAUUCCUGCCAGCGGAUCAGUAGUCAUUUUUAGUAACUGCUCCUAGCUGGCUAAUGUACUGUAGGUCUAAUACAGUACCGGUAAAUGUGUAAAAAUUCACACUAAAAAUUUCCAUGUACAAAAUCCUUCUAUAACUUAACAACUACCUAGGUGUCAGUGAAAUAUAUAAACAGAACUUCAUUACUUCAACAUUUUGAGUGAAGGCCCCUUGUUGGGAAGUUCCUAGCCCUUGAUGUGAUUUCUCCAAUACAUUAACAGACAUCAGGGGCUGGUUGUUUGAAAACCUGUUAACUUGAUCCCAGGAUAACAAAAUCUUCAAACAGUUCAAAGCAACUUGGAAAUAUUUUUCUGGAAAUAUUGUCUGGAUCAAUAGAAUUUUCAUUUUCUGAAUUAGUUUUGAAAUCAAAUCAAAACAGCAGCCACCUUAAAUCUUAACCCAGGAUUUGUGUCAAUCCAGCUUUGAACAACUGACCCCAGGUGUCUAAAUGAAAUCAGAAAAAUGUCCUACCAAAUUUGAAAAUUUCUGACAUUUUAACUGGACGAUUUUUGAACAUUAUGUCAGGCUCUGAAUGGAAGAUAACAAGUAAUGAGUGUGUCAUAACCUUUCUGAUUAAUGUUUUUUAUCAGUGAACAUGAUGAUUUUCUUGGCCUGAUUCUCAGGCUAUAACAAUGUAAUAGAAAUGAUCAUCUUAUUUUUCCUACUGUAUAGUGGCUCUAGGAUUUCCCAGGUGACAGAGCAACUAGAAAAGUUGGUAGCUGUAGAUAAAUCUGCCAGAGACAUGGAACAACUUCGUUAUGUCACUCUUAAGAUGUGCCAACUUUUGCAAACACAAGGUUUGACAUUCAUUGUUUUAUUACGGCCAUUUAAACAAAAUAUCCAGUUAGCCUUUUCACCAAGUCUACGGUUUUAUUCUGUCACAGAUAAAGGCAAGAAAGAAAUACUAAGUAAAAUAUGCGAAAAAGCGGCAGUGUUGCUGAGUCUUUUAGAGGUAAGCUUGGUUAAUUCUUUACAGUUAACUGUUUUUAAAGGUACUUGAGUAAUUCCAUGCCAUUUCAACACAAAAAAAACUGAUUUGACACCCACCCUCUCCAAAUUUCUUUAUAUUUCGCAGGCAGUUAACAUUGUGUGGGAAUAGUUUAAGUUCAAAAUUUGAGCAUCGUAGCUGCAAUAGUUUUUGAGAUAUCGCAAUUCGAAAUAUGGCCCGAAAAGCAAAAAAGUGGGCGUGGCCAAUGCUAAAUUCACCAUUACCAUAUUUUACAUUUUGACCUGUAACUUCAUACCUGUACAUGGUAUAUCCAUCAAAAUUUGCACAAAGAUGUAUUUGUAUGCGGAGAUUUCAAAUAUUGCACUUUCAUCUUUGUAUCUGCAACCAGCAAUGUGUUAUGGCACAGCAAAAAGUCUAAUUAUGUGUUUCUGAAGACACGAAAUAUACGUCAUCUUUAUGGGAAAAUUUUUUAUGGAAGCCAUACAGAUACAACAGUAAUUUUUAUUCCACAUCAUAUCCACAUGCUAUUCUACUUUUAAGCAAAGUAGAAUAGAGCCCUUUAAAGUAGAAUAGAGCCCUUUUAGAGCCCUUUAAAGUUGUCGUAUUUUCUAAAUAACUUUAAUAGUAGGUUUUGGGUGUUUGUUAAGAAUAAAAUACAUUCAUUGAGAAAUGAGACUGCCAAAUACUUUAAUGUUUCAUUCGAUCCUUCUUUAUUGAUAGUGCAUAUUUAAAAUUUGUUUUAAAAGUUUAAAAAUUACAUAUUUAUUAAUAGUACAUACACAAAAAGUAUAUGAAUGGAUCAAAAGUAUGCAAUACAAUUUAUUUCUUACUGUAUCUACCCCUGCUCGUGAACCAAUUGUACUUUCAGUGAACUCUUUUAUUGUAUGCUUGUAAGAUGAUGAAAAAUGGCUUGAUUUGAUUGAAGAAGUUGACAAUGAUCAAAGAAAUGAAAAAAUUAAUAAGGUUUAUGCACCCAAAGUGCAUCGCAAGAUCAUAUUUCUGGCCAGUAAGAGGAUACUUGUUAGCGAUUGACCGAUAAUUGCGUCGUGUACUCGUGUCAGCCAUACGUUUCAACGGAAACUCUUAAAAAUCUUUAUCGAGCUUUAGUCCAACCACACUUUGAUUACUGCUCGAUGAUUCGGGGUAACUGUGGCGAAUCUUUAAGAGGCAAUCUUCAGAAACUCCAAAACUGAGCUGCAAAAAUUAUUACGGGUGACUCAUAUGAAAUACGCUCCAUAGAUAUUUUAAAGAAACUAGAUUGGAAAACGUUAGGUGAAAGAAUGAUGGAGCAACAACUAAAAUAUGUAUCAAAAGCACUUACAUGCCAAUUUCACGAAAACAUUUCGGACAUGUUUAAACUAUAUAAUUCAGAUCGAUAUGAAUUAAAAAAUAACAAAAAUAAGUUGAUGUUGUCGAAGCCAAAAACAAAUUCAAUGAAACGAACUUUCGGUUAUGCUGCCGCUAAAGUUUGGAAUGAAAGAAAUCAAUUUUUUAUAUAAUUUUACCUGGGUGGGGUUGGAGUGAAUAAUAAACUUUGAAUGUCUUUCUAAUAUUAUUUGGGUGGUUCGGGGAGGGUGGGUGCAUGGGAAUCUCUUAUACUGUCUGUAAGUACACGGCCUAGUGAAAAGUAACGACAACCUUGCUAAUAUUUUUUUAGUUGAUUAGCUACCGUGUUACAUGAUGUUUUUAAUAAGAAAAUAAAUAAAAAAUUAUAAUCGGAAUUGGACCGAUUUUUGCUUAUCGGUAGACAAUCGGAAUCGGUAGAAUAAUUUAUAUUUUCCGAUUGUGUAAAACCGAUUGUUGAGAAAAUACGCACUUUAAAAAUCAUAUAUAUUGCGCGGUGAUACACGUUGAAUGCACUUUUUAUGUGAAAACAACAACUGUUUAAUCUCUUGCGCGAACGGUAGCGUGUUGCUUAGUAGGUGUGGAGCAAACCGUUAAAUGAUACGUGAAGCGUGUCAUUUAUGUACAGGUUUAACGAACUUUGGUUGCUACUAGUAACAUGUUACGUUGGAAAUUAUCAUUAAAAUCUCGAAAUGGAUUAUGACGUCAUAGAAAAUCAGAAUCGGGUAUAUUAUUGGAUGAAUAAUUGAUAAUUAUUGGUCAAUCACUAAUACUUGUUGGGUUUUCGGAUGAGAACAUUGUUUCUGACAUUGGUGUUCCGAACAAUAGUCACUGGGAGGCAGUACAAACUGCAGCUUAAAGACCAAGAAGUCUUACGCACUUCUCUAUAUAUACUGCAUCGAUUUUGAUCAAAGGCAAUUUGAUACAAGAAAUAACACUUACUCUUGGAGAACAUAAUGUACUAUUAAAAAAGAAUGAUAGAAUCAAACAUUAAAGUAUUUGGCAGUCUCAUUUCUCAAUGAAUGUAUUUUAUUCUUAACAAACACCCAAAACCUACUAUUAAAGUUAUUUAGAAAAUACGACAACUUUAAAGGGCUCUACUUUUUAAAGCAGGCAACUAACCAUCACCAAAUUUUGCUUAAAAGUAGAAUAGUAUGUGGAUAUGAUGUAGAAUAAAAAUUACUGUUGUAUCUGUAUGGCUUCCAUAAAAAUUUUUCCAAUAAAGAUGACAUAUAUUUCGUGUCUUCAGAAACACAUAAUUAGACUUUUUGCUGUGCCAUAACACAUUACUGGUUGCAGAUACAAAGAUGAAAGUGCAAUAUUUGAAAUCUCCGCAUACAAAUACAUCUUUGUGCAAAUUUUGAUGGAUAUACCAUGUACUGGUAUGAAGUUACAGGUCAAAAUGUAAAAUAGGGUAAUGGUGAAUUUAGCACUGGCCACGCCCACUUUUUUGCUUUUCGGGCCAUAUUUCAAAUUGCGAUAUCUCAAAAACUGUUGCAGCUACUAUGCUCAAAUUUUGAACUUAAACUAUUCCCACACAAUGUUAACUGCCUGCGAAAUAUAAAGAAAUUUGGAGAGGGUGGGUGUCAUGCCUGUGUUGAAAUGGCAUGGAAUUACUCACUUUAAAGAAAAGGGGAUUAUUAAAUGAUAUAGGCAAAAAGUAGUGUCUGGCCACUGUUACAGUAAAUAGCCUCAGAGCACAGACCUUUGUUUUUCUGCCCUGUGUUUUGCUAGAAUAUGGGCAAUCCCUGCACCUGCAAUUGUUAAGCUCAGCAAAGCCAUGACCAGUGCGAAGAGUUUCUCGGCUCACAUUUAGUAAAGAAUGGCAAGAGCUUGAUAACAGAACUCGAAACAUUGGGCAGGAGUGACAGCAGAACUGGAAACAUUGUUUUGUGAGAGAGAGAGAUGGGGUGGGGCGCUUAUAAUAGAGGAUUGACCAGUUCACCCGCGGUAUCAAAUUUUGCCGUCUGAGGGUGUCUUUAGAGUGUACUGUCUUUUGAAAAUUGUCGUCUUCAUGGCAACCCUUUCACAUUCAGCAACAUUUCACUCCUAUAACUAUGUUCAUUUACAGUUUAGAAUUACGUGUACAGUAAUUAUCUGUUUUAAAACAGCAUGUCAGAUUUCUAAUAAGUAAAUAAUCCAGGGUUUGUGUUAAUGAAAAUUGAUUAUGAUCAUUAUAAUUAUAUCUCAGGGCUGCAACGACACUCAACUGAUAUUGAAUAUCUUGGGUUGUUUCCUGGAAUUAUCUGCUGGAGGUAAGACGUUUCUUAGAUGUACAUACAUAUACUGUACGAUUAACAUUACGAUUGCGAUUAACAUUCUAGAGUGCAAAUGUACUGUACAUGUGGAUAUAAUUAUGAUCAAAAUUAAUGCGCUUAAUUACAUCAAGUAUUACGCUUAUCUAAUUACAUACUUAGCCUAGACUAUUUUAUUUUUACAACAAUUGUGAUAUUACUUUCUUAACUGUGUUUAUCCUAACCCACCCUGUCAACUUUCCUGUGAGAGGAAACUGGAGCACUCGGAGAAAACCCACGAUUUUCGACAGAGCGUUGACUGACUCUUUUCACAUGAGUCCGUAGCGAGAAUCAAACCCACGAUCUCAGAGGUGAAAGGCGCUUGCUGUGACGACAGCACCACUGAAGUACCUUGACUAGCUACGUUGGUAUUUUAAAACAGUUUUCUCCAAUUCUCUUCAAUUUUCUGUGGGCAUCUGUUACCCGCCCCACUCCCCCCCCCCGCCCGGAUUCACAAUUUAGCCUGUACAAUGCCUUUGAUUUUUAAGAAUGGACCGGACUGCAGUGUGUUAAAGAUGGUACGUAACAUGUGUGUUUACGUACUGUUUAAUAAACGAGCAGGAGUGUUUUAUUAAGUUUAAAGCCACGAGCGCGCAGCGCGAGUUGCUUUAGACCUAAUAAAACACGACCUGCGAGUUUAUGAAACGGCUUCAAACACGACUACAAAUUCAAUAGAUAUACUGCCUUGUUAGUAUUCUUUAUAUAAAGAAUACUAAUGACGACACGACUACAAUAGAUACUGCCUUUAGUUAUUAGUAUUCUUUAUAUAAAUAAUACUAAUUAGGAGUGUUUUAUCAGGUUUAAAGCCACUGCACGUGACAUAUGAUGGUUGACAUGAUUUGCCAAUAAGCUUAUGAAUUAUUAAUGAGUGUUUGAAGUAAUUCUUAUUCAAUGUUUUUCUUGUACUGUGAAACGAAUUCCAUGCUAUCUGUUUGUGUUUUUCUUACGUUGUUGAGUUGCCCACAGAAAAAGAAUUAUUUCCACAUCGCAAAUUCGACCAGGACAAUUUUACUGCACUUAAUAAAUUUUCCAUGAUAUGACUGAGUUUCAAAAUUCAAUUCAAGGUUGAGUUUUGGGCUCCGGUAUAAAGUUUAACGGAAAAAAAUCCCCUGGAAGUAUUAUAUAUAAAAGCAGCUUCAAGAAAAUGGAGGAAGUGGAAAUUAAAUGUAUUUAAAAAAAAGAGAGCGAACUUUGGUUUAAUUAAGACCAACCUAUUACGCAAUUGCGAACUCAUUAUUUAACAAUUAGACAACGAGGCCGAGUUGUCUAUGAGCGAAUAGUCAACGAAGCGAAGCCGGGUUGAUUAUUUGCUCAUAGACAACGAGGCCAAGUUGUCUAAUCGCUUUAGUAUAAACUUUAACAUUAAUUUACAACUAGGCUGCAAACACAAUACAAAAAUACACAAAAAAAACAUUAUAAAACCAUUAAAGGUAAACAAAUAUUUUAGUUUUUGUUCGCGUAAAAUGUUUUACAAAAUUCAGUUUUAAUUUUAAAAUUUUAUUGAGUGUAUGUUAUUUUGUCUAUUUUCUUACCCUUAAAAAUUGCCAUUCCAUAUUUUUGUUGUUUUUUCGGGUUUUUUUAGUACAGAAUUGUUCAACAAGUCGUCCAAAAAAAUCAUCAGACACUUCGGCAAAAGUGCAAAACGCGAAUUUUCCGCCAUUUUGAAUUUUCUAUUAGUAGGCUAUCACUAAUAGCCUACUAGUAGCGUAGCCAAUCAAAAGCCACGAUAUGUGAUAGCCUACUAUGGUAGGUUUAUACUAAACAGUAUUUAUGCUUUGGUGCAUGGCGUAGUCAUCAGAGCAAGUGUCUUUCGCCUCUCAGACUGAGUUCGAUUCUCGCUACGGACUCACGUGAAAAGAGUUUUCUCCGGGCGCUGCGGUUUCCUCCCACUAGGAAAGUUGACAGGGUGAGUUCGGUUAAGCACAGUUAAGAAAGUAAUCACAAUUGUUGUAAAGAUUAAUAGUCUACUGGCUUAGCAAGUAACGUAAGUAAGCGUAAUACUUGAUGUUAUCGGUCACUGAAAAGCCCCAAUGAGGAGUGAGCUGAAUAAUAAUGUAACGUAACGUAAUUUAUUUUUUUAUCAGUAAGAAUGAAGCAAUCUGAUUGGCUGAGGAGCCUUUCAGAGCGGGCCGGUUUUUUGCAUCCGGUCCGCUCUGAAACGCAACUGCCCGCUGUGAAAGCAACUGCCUGCUCUGGUUUUCGCGGCAAAAAAUGAGGAGUGAAACAAUUUUUAGACGAAAAAGUCUGCCCAAAACGUUUGAAAAACGUAACCUAACGAUAGUCAGAUACGAAAAUGAAUUGCAUCAAGCCGUAAAGACUUCAUACUAAGCACGAUGUACACGUCCAGAAUUGAUAAUUUUUUUAGAGAAAUGCGACUGAAAGUCGGAAAGUUAUUUGACAUGUAUAAAACUUUAAUACGCCGAGAAAGCUAUGUAUUUUUUUAAAAAUGCUCAUGUAUUCGGCCACUUAAAAGCGAAAAAAUUACAGCUUAAACAGAUAUUGUAAAAGAAAUGUUUUCCCAUUUAAAAAAAGGUUUAACUGCAGCAGUGAAAACAAUCUCGAUCAUUUGUGUUAGGCAUUUUUCACUGAUAUAAAAUAUUGUAAUUAAACAAACUAAAAGUCUGUGUUUAAAAAGACUUUUUUCAAGCAUAUUAUCGUGAAACACCAGAAAAAAUACUAAAAUAUAAAAAUAGCAUACCUUAUUCAUUGUCCUUUUAGUAGAAAAACGUUGAUUAAAUCAAAGCAGAUUCUUUUUUAUCUGUUUUUGAUCGGAUCUGAACAUGAACCUGUCGUUGUCAGAAGCAACUGAAGUUGUCAAAGCCAAAACGCCAGGCUUAACCAAAGGCUUUUCUGCUACCAUAUUCAUGAAAAAAGCAUGUAAAUUUACUAAAACUAUACGUCUUUUUGUGUGUUUCUUGCCACUUUUCUCGAGUUUUCGUAUUCGGUCGUGUUUUAUAUCCUUCAACAUUUCAAUUUUUGUCAGCCUCGCUUUAAAAAUACACAACUGCACUGAUCUCAAAUUAGUUCGUAAGUAACACUGGAAUUUUAGUGAAUUUCAUUUUUAAAUCUGAUAAAAAAUAAACCGUCACGUUAUUUACCGGCUGCGAGGUCCGGAUGAGAAAAACUGUGCCCUCGGUCUUGAAAACGUCCAUCGCCCUUGAAAACGUCCCUCGCCCUUCGGGCUCGUGCCGUUUUCAAGACCUCGGGCACAGUUUUUCUCAUCCGGACCUCGCAGCCGGUAAAUAACAGGUAUUAAACAGCGCCAGGCCACAGAGUAGAGACAUACAGAGACGUAACUAGUGUACCCACUUUUUUGUGCGCAUGCUCGGCAAGUUACUAGAUGCAUGCAUCUGAUUGGAUGACGACCAAUGACGACCUGAUGACGACUCACUUUAAACUUGCUGAGCACGCGCAGUUGAUCAUUUUUCGCCCGGUCGCCUGAAAAAAAGUGGGUACAUGAUGACGUAAUCUUCCGCAGUGUUUACAACGGUCAGUUACGUCUCUGUAUGUCUUAUCUACUCUGUGGCCAGGCUGUCACAGAAUUAAGGAUUCUAGCAAAAUACAGUAAGCCCGAAUGAAAAACAUCUGUUAAAAACUCAAUAUUUUUUUGAACUGGACAUUUAAAAAAUUCACUAUUAGUGGUACUGUACAAAUUUGGCUACAUUUGUUAAAUAUCCUCUCCAAGAGGCCAUUAUUUUCUCAUAGCUAACCUUGAGAAACACCUAUACAGUAAUGUAGUAAGUUGUUGCUUGAUAUAAGACAUGCUGUAUUUUUCAUCUUUUUACGACGAGGUUAUUGUUUCAUGCAUGAUUCUGCAUGCUAUAUAUUAACGAUCUACCAUCUUGUAUAAAUGAAACUAGACCCCGGAUGUUUGCUGACGACACAAAUAUUACAGCAUCUGGAAAGUGCAUUCGGAUUUAGUAAAGACUUCGAAAGUGGCUUAUGGCAAACAAACUGAGUUUAAACGUAGCGAAAACUGAAUUUCAAUUAAUUGGCACUAAGCAUAUGCAUUAAAAAAGUUGGUGAUUACCAGCCAGUAAUUACUACUGUGGAUAAAUAAUAGUAAUAAAGCAAGUUUUCCAGCGCAAAACUCUAAGAGUUACUGUUGACGAAAACCUUUCUUGGAAAAGUAACACUGAGAGUAUAUGUAGUAAAAUAUCAUCUGGGAUAUAUGCUCUCAAACAUAUUAAAAAGUUUGUUGAUCAAAAAACACUCAUAUCGGUAUACAAUGCUUUGAUCCAAACCUAUUUCAGUUACUGUUAUAUGAAGUAUGGGAUGUAUUUGGCGAAACCCAAUCUAAACGUCUGCAAAAGCUUCAAAAUGGAGCAGCUCGCAUCAUAGCAAGUGCAGCGAACGAUGUUGAUCAGCAAACUGUAUUGGAUUUAUUGGGAUGGGAAACAUUAAAAGAACAACAAUUAAAAACGAAAACGAAAACGAUAUGUUUAAGAUACUUAAUAAUAUGGGGCCAAAUUGCUUCAAAGAUAUAUUUAUUUCAAAAAUGAAAUAUUAAAUCAUAAUCUUCGUGAUAGCUCAACCACAUUACGAUUGCCAAAGCCACGUUCGAACAGUUUGAAAAAGAGUUUCAUGUAUGUCGGAGCUUUCAUGUGGAACUCUUUGCCAGAAAUUAUCAGAGAAAGCAAAACGCUAUCAAUUUUCGAAAGGAAAAUCGCUACCCAUCGCUAUUAAAGCAUGGUUGUAAAUAGUAAAUUAACGUUUUUUAUAGUAUAUAUUUUUUCAUAUAUGCAUGUAAUUUCCUACUACCUUUAAUUAUUUUUUUGUAAAUUUACUUUUAUCCAUACGUCCAUUGUGGAAACCAGUUAAAUAAAGUUUAUCAUCAUCAUCAUCAUCAUCAUCAUCAUCAUCAUCAUCAUCAUCAUCAUCAUCAUCAUCAUCAUCAUCAUCAUCAUCAUCAUCAUCAUCAUCAUCAUCAUCAUCGUAUAUGUAAAGUGACCAGUUGUUUUGUCUUAGGGAAGAAAAGUGUAGCGAUGUUAGCCGGACAUGGUGCUGUCGAUGUCUUACUCAAGAUUCUGAAGAUAGAGAUAUCAGAACCAUCAGUCAUGGAAGAAACUCUUGUCUUAGUACACUCAAUACUUGCUAGAAUUGCACCCAAAG